AUGAACACGGUGUCCGUUCUUCGGCUGGAGGCCCUCAUCAACCAGCUGCUGGAGACCACCGGUACGAAUGCCUGUACUCAAAGACACACACAUCGCUGGAACCAACCCAUGCCGAGUUCUAAUCUCUUAUAUGCUAUGCCUGCCGAGCAGAGAAGGAGAAGCAGAAGGACGUCAAGAAGAAGACGGGCAAGGAGGGCGAGCGUGAGCAGAGAGAGGGGAAGCACUGUCAUGUGUGUGAAUGGUACGGAUCUGUGUAUGUGAAUGAUGUGUUGCUGUGGAUAUCAGGGGCGUCGAGCGUGUGGGAUAGGGUGGAGCCGCCAAUGGCUGAGGGGCCGUCGCUGGGCCAAGGUAAACCCCCAUUCACACGGCAGGGGGCAGAGAGAGGCGACUGACAUCCAUCCAUCUGUGUGCAUGUGACCUUCGUGGUUCUCUGUCCUUUCUGUCCCUUCAGGAGGUGUCAGGGUGUCAAAGCGCCAGCACGUGGUCCCUCACGGGCGAAGAUCGAACAGUCCUAUUCUUCCAUCCAUCACGGUGAGCAGACACACACGCUCUCUCUCUCUCUCUCUCAUAUGGAUGGAUGGAUGGCUGCAUUGCAUUGGUGUGUGUGUCCUCUCUCCCUCCAAGUGCGUGUGCUUUGGUUGUCAGACCCUAGAUAGUCAAGGAGGGCCUUCUUUUUUGUGUGUGGCUGUGGGCUGCCUUGAGCAUGACGCUUGCAUGUGGCUGUGA